UUGCCAAUGUGUUUCUAUUCUUCAACAAAUAUAUUAAUAAUUAUUUUUCGAAAAUAAAUUUAUAAAAUCAAAUAUGGCAAUAGUAAAUUUUGUCUUAAUUAUAGUCGCAACAUUUUUCAUAUUGGAAAUUGAAAGUGCGGUUAAUCCAGCUCAACCAAUAACAACUUUAAAAAAUAGAGUUAAAAGUGCAUCAGAUAUUUUGGAUCGUUAUAAUCGUAAUUUAGUAUUUAAUGCUAGAACUAAAUUAAACAAUUUAAAAUUUAAUCAAAUGACAAAUGUCAAUACAGCUGUUAAUAAUGCUCUCACGUUAACUCAACAAAAAAUAACAAGUGCAAAUAAUCAAGGUCAUGAUGCUGACAAGUGUUAUGAGCCACUGAGAUUAUCUCUAAAUACAGCAAGUAAAAAAGCAUUUGAUGAUUUGGAUGCUUGUGUUGAAAAUGAAUUGACUCCAGUAAAAGGAGUUGAAAAUAAUAUUGAUAAUCAUUUAUUGACAGGAAAAUUACUCCUAAAUGAACUUGAUGGAAUAGCAAUAAGUUGUGCACAUGGUACAACAUUGGACAUGCAAAUUUGCAUUGGACAAAAAUUGCCAAAUGCAAGUUUAUCAGUCAAGAAUUUUGAGAAUACUUGUGAUUCAUUAAAAGGAACUGGUGAUUCACUUUCAAGCUCAGUACAAAAUUCAGGAUUGAGAUGUUUUCAAUCAAGAGUUGAUGAGCUCAAUCAAGCUGUUACAUCCGGACGUAAUACUGCUGAUCAAUGUAUCAAUUCAUCAUAAUUUUUUUAUAAAAAAAAAAAUUUAUAAUUAAUUAUUCAAAGUAACAAUAUUUGGAUAUUUAAAUAAUUUUUUUUUAUAAACAAUGGAUACAAUAAUUUGCUUGAAAUAUCAUUUUAUCUUGUGUUGAAUUUUAUUUGUUUUUUAAAUAAAACAUUUUUAUUAUCUAUCAAUGUUUAUUUAUUUAUUUAUUAUCAAUUUAUUUACCGAAAAAAAAAAACAAGG